GACGAGGCGUUUGCCCUGCCUGUGGACCGGGGCUGGGCAUGCAACAGGCGGGAGUACAACCUGUUUAACGCACCCCUGGGUUCCUGGGUUGCGCCGCUGGUCCCUUUCUCCCCUUGUUUUAGUGUGAAAGAAAGGGAAAAAAGGGAGGCUCCGGAGGAAAAACGCCGGAUUCCGCAGGCUGUUUGCUCGCGCGUUCGGUCUCCUGGACGAAGCGACCCAGGCAGCGUCCAAAUCCGACGCGUCAGCAAGAACGUCUGGCCAGCGCUCUCGCUGCGAAGCGAGCCUUACGCGAUUCCCGACCGCCUUUCUCCAGCGCCUGGCAAUGCCCGCCGUAGACAAACUUCGCCUAGAAGACGCUCUGCAAGAUAGUCCGCAGACCCGUUCCUUGCUGAGUGUAUUUGAAGAAGAUGCAGGAACACUCACAGAUUACACCAACCAACUGCUUCAAGCAAUGCAGCGAGUCUAUGGGGCACAGAAUGAAAUGUGCCUGGCAACACAACAGCUUUCCAAGCAUCUUCUUGCCUAUGAAAAACAGAAUUUUGCCUUGGGGAAAGGAGAUGAAGAAGUGAUAUCUACACUCCAGUCCUUCUCAAAAAUUGUGGAUGAGCUUAAUGCUUUACACACUGAACUGGCAAAACAGCUUGCAGACACAAUGGUUCUUCCUGUCAUCCAGUUUCGUGAGAAAGAUCUUACAGAAGUAAGCACUUUAAAGGAUCUCUUCAGUCUUGCAAGCAAUGAACAUGACUUCUCCAUGGCCAGAUACAGCAGGCUACCCAAAAAGAAAGAGAAUGGAAAGCUAAAGGCUGAAGUUGCCAAAGAGGUUGCCAGUGCCCGAAGGAAGCAGCAUCUGUCAUCAUUACAAUAUUACUGUGCCUUGAAUGCUUUACAGUAUCGUAAAAGAAUUGCUAUGAUGGAACCCAUGCUGGGAUAUGCACAUUCACAGAUUAAUUUUUUGAAGAAAGGAGCAGAGAUGUUUUCAAAAAAGCUAGAUGGAUUUUUAACAUCGGUUACAAAAAUGGUGCAGAGCAUCCAAGAAGAAUCAGAUGCUGAGGUGGAAGUCAUGAGGGUAUCUCAGCAAGAUCUGCUUUCAGUUGGUGAAUCAGUAUAUACGCCCGAUUUUGAUGCUUCUCCUGUCAUCAACAAAAACCUCAUCCAGAAAGCAGGCUACCUAAACCUUAGAAACAAAACAGGCCUUGUGACAACCACGUGGGACAGGCUGUAUUUCUUCACUCAGGGUGGAAACUUGAUGUGUCAACCCAGGGGUGCAGUCGCCGGUGGAUUGAUUCAAGAUUUGGACAACUGUUCUGUGAUGGCCAUUGAUUGUGAAGACCGACGUUACUGCUUUCAGAUCACCACUCCAACAGGAAAACCGUAUGUGGGUCAGGAUCUGGGGAUCAAGGCAUCUGCUAGAAGAGGCAUAACUCUCCAGGCAGAAAGCAAAAAAGAAUAUGAGGAGUGGAUAAGUGCAAUCAACAACAUUUCACGACAGAUCUAUCUGACUGACAACCCAGAAGCAGUUGCCAUUAGGUUGAAUCAGACAGCGCUGCAAGCUGUGACUCCAAUCACGAGCUUUGAGACGAAGCAGGGUAGUCAUUCCUCCAGCCAGGAUGGGAAGUGCAUGGAUAUUCUGAAAGACCAGACAGUUCCUGAGGAGUCUGCUGAAGCUCUCGUCCCCACUGAGUUAAUUGCACCUGGAACUCCCAUUCAGUUUGACAUUGUGCUUCCUGCAACAGAGUUCCUAGAUCAGCACAGGGGUGGAAGACGUACCAAUCCUUUUGGAGAAUCUGAAGAUGGCGAGAAAGAGGAUGAAGCAGAUUCACUCCUGCAGCACAUGUUUGUAGUUCGGUUUUUAGGCUCUAUGGCUGUCAGAUCUGACCACACAGUGGAGGUGAUCUAUGAAGCAAUGCGGCAGGUGUUGGCAGCUCGGGCUAUUCAUAAUAUUUUCCGUACAACUGAAUCACAUCUCUUGGUCACCAGCAAUGACCUGAAAUUGAUAGAUCCUCAAACACAAGUUACAAGAUCAAAUUUUGAACUAGCCAAUGUGACACAGUUUGCUGCUCACAAGGAAAACAAGAGGCUGUUUGGGUUUGUGGUUUGUGUCUCUGAAUUGUCAGGUGAAGAUGGCAUGAGUGCUUAUGUGUUUGAGAGUAACACUGAAGGUGAAAAGAUUUGCUAUGCAAUAAACCUGGGGAAGGAAAUCAUUGAAGCUCGAAAGGAUCCAAAAGCUCUAGCUCAAUUAAUAUCAUCUAUGCCUCUUACUAACGAUGGAAAAUUCAAGUUACUGAAUGAGCGAUCAGAAGAAGACAAUGCUGUACAUGGAGAAGGACAGGAGUCAGAAGCAUAACAUCAUUUCUCUCAGUGGAGAUGAUGGUGUCCGUAAGAGAGUAUGCCUUGUGCUCUCAGUUGUGGUCCAACAUAGGUGGGCUAGAGGAAACACCAAGAGAUGAGAACUUGAUCCAAAUAUUUGGUAUAGAAACUGACAGACUUUUAAAAAUUCUUCCUCAAUACCAAGCCAUCAUGAAUACUGAUGGGAGGACCACAAAGUCAUCACUAACACCAGCAAAGUUUUAAUUCUUCAUAAACGUGCAUUCACAAAGUUAUAAACAAAUACACACCUGUUUCACAUAAUUCUACUGGCUAUAGUAGAGGACGAAAUUGCACAAGCCACAGAGUUUCUGAAAGUCUGAAGUAAAAUACAGAGGCACUUCACAAAAAAACCUAAUAUUUUGCAUCUUAAGCAAAAUAGGUAGAAGAAUUGAAAUGUUUGGAAUAUAAUUUAGAUAGCAGAAUUGAAGUGUUUGGAUUAUAAUCUCAGUGAUAAAUACUUUAUUUGCUCCUAUUUGCAUACCUUUUAAAAAGUAAUGGGAAAGCUAUUUUAAACUAGGCUAUUUAGAAAGCCAUUCAAUAACAGUUUCUACUAAUAUUUAUUUUUAUACUUUUAUCUGAGUUAAGCUUUCAAAAUUAAGUGCCUAAUGUGUGAUAAUAGAAAACAAAUAACUCAAGCAAGUAGAAAAUAGAAGGACCAGAAAGCAAGUUAAAGCUAUUAUGAAACUCAGUCAUUUACCAGGGCCGAAGAAAAGAUGAGCCAGUGAUUGUCACUGCUAUUCAAAUAAGCCUGUUGGCUAACAUUUUUGCACUGUUCUGUAUGACGAGAUAACUGCUUUUCUACUUUCAUGUGAAAGUUUACAAAUUUGAUAGAAGAGGGACUCCAUUCCUCAGACAAUUACUUCAAAGCUAGAUAUAAACAAUACCAGAAGCAUUUUCACACUGUCCUGGGAAAAGCAAAUCAAGCUAGCCAUAACAGUGCUUAUACUAUCUUUUUUAUUUGACAUUCCUCCUCAUGGGGCCAGCAUAAAUUGGAUAUAUCUGUUUUGAGAGCUUUAGAUUUACUCUUUUAAAUUAUAAACACAUUGUAAAUAAAUUACAAUGAUAGCCAGAUCUCAUGAAGAAUUUUAUCUGUCUUUGAUUAUUUAUAUGAUGUUUUAAUGUUAAAAACAAGGUCCACAUCUCGCACUACAACAGUUUCAGCAAUAAUGGCUAAAGAGCUUGAAAAAUAGGUGAGAAUUUAUGUAAGUUAUAGUAUAGGACAUUUUAUGAUUUAGUAACGUCUUAAGAUUUUUAAACCAGAAGGCUAGAAAAAUACCAGUAGAUUUUCUGAAAGAGUAUUGUACUGAAGUUUUCUGUAUUAAUGAUAUUCAAAUUGUUCUACUUAGUACAAUAGUACAGUAGAUACAAAUAUUUAAGUGCAAUAAGCUUAUAGCUGAAACUGCUCCCAGGUUAAUAUUAGCGUCCAAUCUAGUUGAUAUAAACUAUAUGCAGUGAAAUGGAUCAUAAUUUGACUACUCUAGAGCAGGCCUGUCAAACUGGCGGCUCGCAGGUCAGAUAUGACCCCUGAAGGCCAUGCCCACCCCAGUUCUGCAAAAUAAAAAACAUUGUGAUACAUCACGAUAUGCGCGAGGUUGGCACCCUUGUUCUAGAGGUUGAAGCAGAAGGUAUUGUAGAGAUUUCACACAAAGGUAUCUUAAUGGUGAUCCAUCCAUAAUUGAACUGACAAUUAUUAUAUUUAAGCCAGUAUACUUAACUGUUUUGGUUAUCUAUUAGAAAGAAUAUGGGGCACAUUUCUAAAGGAAAUUUAUUUCGAUAACUACAGAACAAAUUAUAUUUCAGUUAGCCCUAUGAAGUUGAUUAAAUCAAUCCUAGCGCUCUGGCUUAGCUGUAGAUUGAAGUAUCUACAUUGGCAAACCUGGUUCUCAUUAAAGAUACAGCAUUCAAGGAAGUCAAAACAUCCCAGGCUUGUGACCAUUAUAUACAAAUCCAUUUUUUUUCCAAAGUUGCAUUUAUUAACAUUAUGUACAGAAUAUCUAACAGAAUAAAGAAUUGAGGUAACAGGUUUUUUGUUUUGUUCCACUUCGUUUUUGUAAAUGAAUUAGAAUAAGACAUGUUAUAAUUUUGUCCCUUUCAUUCCUGAGAAUUUGAACAUAGGUGGAAUAGAUCAGAGUAACAGAUCAAUGACAACAGGACCUACCUUUCAGUAACUUUGGCAGAAGCUCAAACAUACAAAUGUACAAAAUAUUAAUGGCUUUGCUGAGUCAAUCCCUAUUACGUCUGGCAGGCCUUGUGAUUUUAUUCUGGAAGACCAUGUAAUAGCCAAGAGGACCUUACUGGAAGUGGCCUAGGUAUUUGUGUUCAAUUAU